GAAAGAAAAAGAGCUAAAAUGGGACGGGGAAAGAUAGCCAUCACCAAGAUUGAGAACCGAACGAACCGGCAAGUUACUUUCUCAAAACGCCGCGUUGGGCUCCUCAAGAAGACGAAUGAACUCUCUGUGCUUUGCGAUGCUCAGAUAGGGCUCAUCAUCUUCUCCAGCACCGGAAAAUUGUUUGAGUAUUGUAGUGAAAGUAUCAGCAUGGAGCAACUCAUUCGAAGGUAUCAGCUGGCCAAAGGAAUGAGAAUUCCAGAGACCAUUAAUCACGAUAGCCAAAUUCAUAAUGAAUUAAGAAGAAUGAGGAAGGAAACCCAGAAUCUUCAACUGAGUCUCCAACGCUACACUUGCGAUGACUUGAGUUCUGUGAAUUAUCAAGAACUGGCUGAACUUGAACACCAACUAGAACACUCAGUUAUCAAAGUUCGAGCCAGAAAGUUUGAGCUCUUACAGCAGCAGGCAGAUGAUCUGAGGACGAAGGGGAGAAUGUUGGAGGAGGAAAACGAGCAAAUCUACGGUCUGAUUAAGGAUCAUGAGGCAGCUGCAUGGCAGCAACAGCAAGCUCAGGCACAGGUAGCUGCAACGUUAACAAUGGCGACAAAAAUGGAAGAGCCUCGACAAGUGCUCGAACAAUUCCCGUUUGCAGGCGAAGCGCAGCCCCGUGGUGUUCUUGAGCUGGCCAUUACAGAUUGUCAGCCGUAUCGCCUUCAGCCUCUUCAGCCAAAUCUUCAAGACUUCAAUCUUCACUGCCCCAACUAUGGUUCUCUCAUCGUGGUUGUUGAUUCUGCGUAA